CCUCCAUCUUGGUCAGAGUUUGGUGUCUCAGCCCCGUCGCCAAGCUUUGGCAUCCGUCGUCCCGUCCGUCCGUCCCUGUCAUCUCGUCGUCGUCCCUAAAAAGUAAACCGAGUAAUCCAAAAUGGAGGCCAUCAAGAAGAAGAUGCUCAUGCUCAAGCUGGACAAGGAGAACGCUCUGGACCAGGCCGAGCAGGCGGAAGCCGACAAGAAAGCGGCCGAGGACAGAAGCAAACAGCACGAGGACGAGCUCCUGCAGAUGCAGAAGAAGCUGAAGGGGACGGAGGACGAGCUGGACAAAUACUCGGAGGCGCUGAAGGAUGCUCAAGAGAAGCUGGAGGUGGCUGACAAGAAGGCCGCUGACGCUGAGGCGGAGGUGGCGUCCCUGAACAGGCGCAUCCAGCUGGUGGAGGAAGAGUUGGACCGAGCUCAGGAGAGGCUGGCCACCGCUCUGCAGAAGCUGGAGGAGGCCGAGAAGGCGGCCGACGAGAGCGAGAGAGGCAUGAAGGUGAUCGAGAACAGGGCCCUGAAGGACGAGGAGAAGAUGGAGCUCCAGGAGAUCCAGCUGAAGGAGGCCAAGCACAUCGCGGAGGACUCGGACCGCAAGUACGAGGAGGUGGCUCGUAAGCUGGUGAUCGUGGAAGGCGAGCUGGAGCGCACGGAGGAGCGAGCAGAGCUGGCCGAGGCUAAAUGCGCCGAGCUGGAAGAGGAACUGAAGAACGUCACCAACAACCUGAAGUCCCUAGAGGCUCAGGCGGAGAAGUACUCCCAGAAGGAGGACAAAUACGAGGAGGAGAUCAAGAUCCUGACAGACAAGCUGAAAGAGGCUGAGACCAGAGCUGAGUUUGCUGAAAGGUCUGUGGCCAAGUUGGAAAAGACGAUUGAUGAUCUGGAAGACGAGCUGUACGCGCAGAAGCUCAAGUACAAAGCCAUCAGCGAGGAACUAGACCACGCGCUCAAUGACAUGACCUCCAUCUAAACACCCAGGAAGCCCCACUCCCCUCCUCCUCUUCCUCCACCACACGUCGUUUCUAGCACUUUUACACUUUUUUGCAAAAUCCCACCCAACAGUUUCGGUGCCGGUCAAACCUUUUCUUUGUAAUUCUUUGUAACGAUAUUAAAAACAUGAGGAAGGUC